AUGCCAACUCUGUUUUCUUUGCGAAAUGUGUUAUGGCCACUUGAGUUGAGAAAACCCUUUUUUGGAAUUGAAAUUUGGAAUUUCGAAUUUUCCAGGGGAAACAGCGUCUAGAAGGAUGCGUCUGAAGAUGGAUUAUCUUAGUGUCGUGAGCUCUAAAAGCGGCAGGAAAAGCCUGUAGUCGCUUUCAACCGUACAUUGCUUUGGCGAUCCGAGAAAUCAUACUGGAGGUAAAAGACGAGGACAUCCCAGAUCUAGUGGGUCCCGAUCAUCUUCAAAUGAUUUUAUGGAAAGUAAUAAGCUUGAACUACUAUGUGUUUCAUUUACAGGGGCGCCGAGUGGCUCGGGACCACUCUCUCAUUAGUUCGAAGUAGACGAAGGAGGAUGUGAUAUGAUGGAGGUAGUGAUAUGUAGCCGAAGGAGGAUUAGGAGGAUCCUCCUAAUCCGUAGUUUCCAUCAAGUUGUACCGACAUACGCUAAUCACAGAGGAAGUCGAGUAUGAUUUGGGGUUGCAGAGAGGAAGCCUUUUCCGUCGACCUGCUGAUGCGACGGAGCCCAAGCCUGACCAGGAUGCACAUUAUGAGGGGAAGAUCUACUUCGAUAGAUUUUGUUUAGUAUGUAACACUAAGCAAAACGGAACCAGGCAACACUAAAAGAUGGAAUCAAUGAAGACAUUGACAUCGUGGAAGAACACACGAACACUGCCGUGUACAAGGACCAGGCAGUUACUUGUAAUUGCUACGUGGUUCGAAUGAAUGAAUGAAUGAAUGAAUGAACGAAUGAGAUCACUUGAGAUAGACAUACUGCUUUGUUGAUACACUUGUAGAUAGAGUUUUAGUUUGCCAAAAAGAACAUGCUUCAAUAGUUUCACUCUUCAUUCCACUGAGGAGGGAGACGACAAACGCGAGGAUAUGAGACGAAAGAUGAAGGGAGCUCGAAGGAGUAUCGCGAAAUUAAUGGGCUCAGCUCCACACGGAUUAGGAAAGUCGUUGGGUCCAGGACAAGCAGGUAAACAUUCGUUCUCUAGAAGAAUCACUUCUGUUCAGUCUUUGUUAUAUUUCAAUCAUGGUCCCGUGAAGAAGAAGAAGAUCCUUGUCCACGGAAACAAACUCUCCUCUGUAGCCUGUGCCGUUUUAGCCGUCCUAGCGUGGAAAUAAGCUUCGAAUUUCAAUCUGUCCUUACCUCAAACGCACUACAAACAUUCAUACCAACCACAGAACCCGAUCUCAACGCUCAAGCAAGUCCGCAGCAAGCAGACAAUUUGUUUCACAUUCGACACUCAGCUGAGGGUUCUAUUCGUGCUGCUGGUCCCGCUGUCCGUGUACGAAACAGGGCCCACGCAGAAGCCCUAGAACGGUUUAGCAAUCAAAGUUGGCAGCGAUUGCCUUCACCAGUUGCGGUGGGGAGCACUUUUCAUUAUGACACAAACUGACACUUCUAAUUGGACUAGCAAGAAGUAGGAGGAAAUCUACCUGCCGUAACAUCAAGAUGCUCGGAUAGUGGAAGGUGGGAUCCAAAACACACUAGGCAUUAUAGAAGAUGGCCCCAAAUAUGAUUCAACACCCCAGCAUAAUGCAGCACAACGAGAAGCUUCUUCUAAUCCCGUCUGCAACCCCCAGCGGUAGUUGCAACGACGCCAAACUUAGAGGGAAAUCCUGUAGACUCUCUGUUGCCGCCUCUGACGAAGAGUGCAGAUAUAAAGAAGCAGUCUCCAGCAGGCUCGCCAGGUGCUGCCUCAUCGCCCGACGGCGCAGAACACGCUGGAUUGAGUCCAGGUGGCAAAGCGCAGGUGAAGCAGGAAUAA